GGCCCUGGCGCUUCCCCAAACGUCAGGGGGGCCCGUCCGGAGGGAAACGGGUGCGCGCGGCGGGACUGAAGCCCCCCACCCCCGCCCGCCGCGGUUCUGAUGCUGCGGCCCGGCCCGCACCGGUUCGACGGGGCGUUCCUGCGGGAUGGGCGCGGGCGCGCUGGCCGUGCGCCGAAGGAAGGCCACGGCCCGGCUGAGUGAGGACCCAGGAGGGAGCGUGGCCGAGCCGCCCGGCCCGCAGAACAGUUCCUGCGGCCAGAAGAUCUUCGGGGUCCCUCUGCAGGAGCUGCAGCAGCGGGGGCUCACCGAGCACGGGGUCCCCACCCUGGUGGGAACCCUGGUCGACUUCUUGACCGAGUAUGGGCUGGGCCAGGAGGGCCUGUUCCGCGUGGCCGGCAGCGUGCGGGCGGUGGAGGAGCUGCGGCGCGGGUUCGAGAGCGGCCGCCCGGUGCGGCUGGAAGCCGGGGACGUGAGCGCGGCCGCCAGCCUGCUGAAGGGCUUCGUGCGGGAGCUGCCCGGCGGGCUGCUGACCAGCGCCCUGGCCCCGCGCCUGCUGCAGGCCCUGCCAGAUGACCAGACGGGUGCCCAGGAGAGCUGUUUGCGGGACUUGCUCCGGGAGUUACCACGCCUUCACUACUGUCUCCUCAAGUGUCUCUGCCGGUUCCUGAGGAAAGUAGCGGAGCACCAGGCCCAGAACCGCAUGGACAUCCACAACCUGGCCACUGUGUUUGGACCCAGUUGUUUCCAUGUGCCGCCAGGACUUGAAGGCAUGAAACAACAGGACCUCUACAAUAAGAUAAUGGCUAAAAUAUUAGAAAACUAUGAUUCACUCUUUGACGUAGACUAUGCAGAAAGUGAUCACCAGCGGUGUCAAAACCUGGGAAGGCUCAUAUUAGUAAAAGAGGCCAGCUGCAGAAGCUCCCUGCCGAGUCUUCGGGCGGAAGACGUGGAAAGAGACGUGCUGAAGCCACUUUCUCCCAGACCCCGGCUGCUGAAGUCCAGGAGUGAGGGGUCGAUUCAGGCCUCCAGAGUCCCACAGCCAGAGCUGCCUGGUGGCGCCCCUCAGCUCAGUCUGCGGCGAAGCCACCGCCCGGCCCGCUGGAAUGGCCUGAGGUCAUCAGAGGACGCUGGUGAUGCCGGGAGGGGCUCCAGUGCUCGCGUGUCCCAAGUGGGCAGUGUGUCAGCCAGUGGAGAACUUCUAGAAAGAACCAUCCGGUCAGCUGUAGAGCAGCAUCUUUUUGACGUCAGUGGCCCUGGAGGCCAAAGUUCAGAAGCCCCAGACUCCCGACCCUCCUCAGCAUCUUCCACCACGUCCGCCAGACAGCGACGGCGCCUGUGCAUGCAGAGGGAUGAAGCUCCACUGGACCCAGACCCGGGACUUCUCAACAAAGAAAAUACUUCGCCUGGAUUCAGCAAUCUUGGUGAUUGUAUUUUGAAUACUCAGGCAGUGGAAAUAUUCCAUGAAAAUACUUCUGGGCAUAUUGAAGAAAGGGGAAAAUAUAAACAUCAGAAAUCCAGUACCAAACUUUCUGAGCUCAAUGAAAAUCAAGAAGGUCUUGUGAAUAUGGAAAGUCUCAGUCCCACACCAUCUCAUGAGGGGAAGAGUUCUGGUGCUGAACCAGUGUCCAACGAAAGUGUUUCUCACAGAGACAAUGGAGGAGGCGGCGACUGCAGCCAGCAUUCUGAGAGCCCCGCCAUGAAGAUCCAGGAGCAUCCCGGCCUACCUGACGCCAAGCUGUCCCGGACCCAGGAUGCGGCCGAGCAGCCCGAGAGCCCCGAAGUGGCGCUGUGCCCGGAGGAGCCCUGGGGAGAGCCCGCCCCCCCGGCGCCCACCUGGCAGCCCGAGACCGGAGCCACGGACGACGCGUGCCUCUCCCCGCAGCCCGGGCGCCUGAUCCGGCAGCUGCUGGACGAGGACAGCGACCCCCUGGUCUCCCCUCGCUUCUACGCCUACGGGCAGAGUGCGCAGUACCUGGACGACACGGAGGUGGCGCCUUCCCCGCCCAACUCCCACUCCUUCAUGCGGCGCCGCAGCUCGUCCCUGGGCUCCUACGACGACGAGCAGGAGGACCUGACGCCUGCCCAGCUCACGCGCAGGAUCCAGAGCCUCAAGAGGAAGAUCCGCAAGUUUGAGGACAGGUUCGAGGAGGAGCGGAAGUACAAGCCUUCCCACAGUGACAAAGCGGCCAAUCCAGAGGUUCUGAAGUGGACGAACGACCUUGCCAAGUUCAGGAAGCAGCUGAAAGACUCCAAGCUGAAGAUCUCCGAGGAGGAGCUGGCCCCCAGGAUGCGGCAGCGGAGCAACACGCUCCCCAAGAGUUUCGGCUCCCAGCUCGAGAAGGAGGAGGAGAAGAAGCAGGAGCUGGUGGACAAGGCCACGAGGCCAAGCGUGGAGGCCACGCUGGAGUGUAUCCAGAGGAAGCUGCAGGAGAAGCGGGCCGAGAGCAGCCGUCCCGAGGACAUCAAGGAUAUGACCAAAGCCCAGAUUGCGAACGAGAAAGUGGCCCUGCAGAAAGCUCUGUUGUACUACGAGAGCGUUCACGGCCGGCCGGUGACCAAGAACGAGCGCCAGGUGAUGAAGCCGCUGUAUGACCGAUACCGACUGGUCAAGCAGAUCCUGUCCCGGGUCAACUCCAUCCCCAUCAUCGGUUCUCCGUCCAGCAAGCGGAGAAGCCCGUUGCUGCAGCCCAUCAUCGAGGGCGAGACGGCCUCCUUCUUCAAGGAGAUCAAGGAAGAAGAGGAGGCUUCCGAAGAUGACAGCAGUGCGAGACCUGACUUCAUGAUCACUCUGAAGACUGAAUUUGGUGCACGCUGCUUUUUGGACCAAUUUGAAGAUGAUGCUGAUGGAUUUAUUUCCCCAAUGGAUGAUAAACUGCCACCAAAAUGCAGCCAGGAUACGGGGCUUUCAAACCUCCACGCCGCUCCAAUACCAGAGCUCCUGGAACACCUUCAGGAAAUGAGAGAAGAGAAGAAAAGGAUUCGAAAGAAACUGCGUGAUUUUGAGGACAGUUUCUUCCGGCAGCACGGGAGGACCGUCCAGAAGGAGGACCGCGGCCCCCUGGCUGAGGAGUACAAUGAGUACAAGCACAUCAAAGCCAAGCUGCGGCUCCUGGAGGUCCUCAUCAGCAAGGGAGACGCGGACUCCAAGUCCCUGUGAGGGGCUUCCCUGCCCUGAGGGCGGGGUGGGGGGGUUGCUCUGGCCCGAGCGCUCUGCAGAAGCCGGAAGGCCCGCUUGGUUCUGGACCUGCGCCUCCAGGCCUGUGGCUUCAGUUCCCGUCACCUGCCUUAGACACGCCUACAUGGAAGGAAACAACCUGCCCCGGGUAGGAAUUUUAUAAGGGAAAGUUCAGACUCCUGCACUUGUGCAAGCAUGCACGCCUGCAUGCAUGUGCGUGUGUGUGUGUGUGUGUGUGUGUGUGUCCACGCACGCACCUGCACACACACACACACACACACACAGGAGCGGGAACGUAACACUAGCAGUGAGGAGUGGCGUCGUUGAGACUCCCCCGCAGAGAACCGACGCUCUUCUUCCUUGGGAACGCAGAAGCCCGAGACCGUUCUCUGUCAAACUGUGAUCCCAAAAAAAUCAGCUCAGGAUUCCAUUCUGCAGAGCGAACUCUCUGGGCACACCCGUGUUCCUUCUGGACCCCGCCAAGUGGGAAUCUUCCUUGGAGCCCUAUUUGCUGCCUUGCCCAUCCUUGUGACCUUUCCCGACGUGUGUGAAUUAUUUCCCCUCGAGCUCUCAGGUAGCUGGAAGCCGCCUCUACCCGCAGGAGGCUGGAGGGCAUCGGUUUGGUGAUGUGUUUCCAGGCUUCCUCGGCGGACAGAGGGUCUGAUCCCUGACUAGGAGAGGCACCGUCUGCAGAGGACGGGUGGAACAACGGAAGCCGCGGUCCUGUUCCUGUGAUUUGUCAGGGAGCGGCAGAGUGAAGAGCCCCGAGGGCUCGUGGCUGACCGUGGCUGUGAGCAGUGGUCUCAGGUUUUGUCACUGGACGUCAGGGCUCGGACGGCCCGUCUGGGGCUGAGUUUUGUGCUGGCGUGUGCCAAGCUUCCAGGCUCUUGCUCACUUCCUAAGUCUAGGGGAUCACGAGACAGAAAGAGCCUGUGUUCUCAGCCUCCUGAGAACUUACCAGGGUUGAAUUUUUUAUUUUUAUUUUUAAGCUGCACUAAAAAUCCCCUCACUGAAGAGUUAAUGUAGCUUUCAGAGCUUAGCCAGAGGCAGAAUCUAAAUCACACCAUUUCCAAGAUCCUGUACAAAGAGGGGAAAAAUAAUGGUGUGUGUGUGGCCCAUGGUGAUUUGAAAUUUUUUCAGACUGUGUCACAAACCUGUCUAUAUUAGACGUUUUGGAGGGACCAGGGAAUUCCAGGCUUUGCAUCUCUCUUCCUUGCACAGAUCCCGCUUUGUGAUUGUCAUUUUCUCAGCCUUCUCCGUCCGCACUGAGAGCGGGUUGGGCCUUCUUUGUGCUGAGAGCUCCGUGGUGGGGUCUGCACGCCAGCCCUCAGGCAGAGAGAAGGCCUCACGGCCCCUCCCUCUUGCACAGGAACCAGGGAGACCCCUGAGAUGUUCCAAGAAUUGUUUUCUCCAAAGGUCCCAUUUGUUCCAUCUCAUGAGUAAAAAAAGAGAGAGAGAGAAUGUAAAACUCUACAUUCGUUUCCAAAAUGGGUCUGUGGCUAAGGAUUUGGCCCGCAGGAGUUGCACGUGGGGGGCCCGGGCACAGACCCUAGCACCCCAGACCCCAGUAAAGGGAAUGGGGGUGUCUAGAGAAGUUGGUCUGAUGGCUUUAUGAGCAGCGUUUUCCUUUGCUGACAUGAGUUAAUCGCGCUCUCCAAGACAUAAUCGCCCAGGUGGGGAGCAGGAGGGAAAGAAUAUCUUUCAAUUCCCUUUUUUUUAAAAAAAAAUAUUCAUAUAGGGGCCAGAGAGAUAGUACAGUGGGUAGGGCACUUCCCGUGUCACAGCUGACCCCCUGCCCCCCUGCCCCCAUAUGGGGCUGACCACCAUCAGGACGAGUGAUAUGUGACGCUAGUGUGGGCCCGAAACCAAGAAGCCCAUGUAGGAGCAUGAAGUUCCCUGGUUUAACCCACACACUUAAAGAUGGUACAUAACCUUGCAAUUUAAAAUGUAUGUGAAAAUAUAGUUUGGUAUUCUUUGCUCAACUGUUUACAUUGCAGAUUGAUAUAAUUUCAAGGAGUUAUAUUAUAAAUAAAUAAUAUGAUGCACUUUAGGACAUUUUCUACUUUUGAAAUCGGAACAUGAAUUAUUCACGUGACCAAAAAUCAUAUUUUUAAAAAGAAACAUGUCUAGUCUGUCCUUUCAAAGUAAUCGUUCUCUAAAUAAGCUAUAAAUGUGAAUCAAACCAUUACCUGUUGACGUUUAAAAAGCACAUCUGUCUGAGAGUAUCGCUCUGAAAAUAGGGAGCUGCUACGGAAUUUCAAGAGAAAACAUAAGCUAUAUCAAUGAGAAGCUACUCAAUGUUUUUGAAAUCUUUUGUUUCUGCCAAAGGUAAACGAAGUAGCAGAUUUAUUCAGGAAUCCCCACUCGAAUUUGUAUGAUCGAAUAAACGCGAACACUGAGUGAAAUAAA